CCCCCUCCGUCAGCCUCAUGAGCCGCCUGCCUGGUCAGCGUCUGCAAGACUGCGACGCACGUCAACCCAAGUCACGCCACCCACCAACUCUUUGCGUGCCGCCUGGCGCCUCGGCCACUCCCAAACCCCGAGUUUCGGCUUGAUGCGAUUUCCGCGCUCGAGAAGCCCCGGCAGGAGGCACACACCCGAGCCGACCAACCGCGCGGGCCGGGCUCUGUUCUGAUCCGCUGACGUUUCUGUCUUGUUGUCAUCGUCUCUGCCCCGUCUCGAGCCCUGCUCUCCUUUCCUCCCUGGAGCGGGUUAGGCGGCGGCACCUAGGGCCCGUAUGGGAUGGCGGGCCGGCCGAGCCUGAGCGGCUCGUCGCCCGCCAGCGGCGGCGUGAGCCCUGCCAGCAGUGCCUCGUCCAGAUCUACUGUGACGCCUACGCCUGCUGCUGCUGGUGACCCCUUCCCCCUGCGCCCGACGGACAGCCACUACCACCACCCCGCCUCGUAUACACGCGGCGACGGGCCCGACGCCAGGGAUGCGGCAUCGCGGACCUCCCUCGACCCGCGGUACCAGCACCAUGACCCCCACCCGCCGGCCGCGGCGUCGGCCGAGUCGGACCAGGCCGGCGACCCCAAGAAGCCGCGGGCCUGCGAGUCGUGCCGCGGGCUCAAGGUCCGGUGCGACCCGGACCCGGCCGACCCGGAGGGCUCAUGCCGGCGCUGCGCAAAGGCCGGCCGCAGCUGCGUCGUGACGCAGCCGACGCGCAAGCGCCAGAAGAAGACGGACAGCCGCGUCACGGAGCUCGAGAAGAAGAUCGACGCGCUCACGGCCAGCCUGCACGCCACCAGGAGGCCCGCCGCCAGCGACGACAACGUCGCCCUGCCGCCGCUGCUGCCCAAUCCGGCGUCGCUGUCACCGGCCCUCGCCGCCAAGGCAGGGGGCGGUGCCGAUGACCGUGUCUCGGACUCGUCCACGGAGCCUGGUGUGGCCUACAGCAGCCCCACCGCCGCGUCGCAGGCUGGGAGGCGCCACAGCACCGCUGCCUCCGGCGCUGGCCCUGCCGCCGUGUCGUCUUCGGCAACAGCAGCGGUGGCGGCGGUGCCUGUCACGUCUGGUGUCGAACCCCCCAACCGCCCAGCCUCGACUGGCGACUGGGAGCCGGUGCUGAGCGGCUGCCCGAUAAGUGCUACACCCGGGACCCACACGCACGUCAACGCCUAUGGGUUGGUGCUAGAGAAGGUAGCCACCGAUGACGAUGGCUCGCGAGCACCGCCAAUAAACGGAGCCGGCUGUCCUGCUGGCGCCGCUGCCCACGCACCAGGUCCGGUGGCGGGGACGGCGGCGGGGCAAAAGCGCAAGUUUGCUGCUACUUCUGCUGCUCCUGACGACGAGGGUCCUCCGGCGGCAGCGUCAGCAUCCCGCUGGUCUCCCGACCAGAUUAUGGGAUCCGACUACGAGGACGUGGUGUCGCGCGAUUUAGUGCCGGCCGCACUGGCGGGCAGGCUUUGGGCAAGGUAUACGGACCAUAUGUGCCCGCACCUGCCGGGAGUCGUCUUCCCGUCAACCACGACCUGGUCGCAAGUCCGGCGCGACCGGCCGCUUUUGUUCUUGGCCAUCAUGGCAGCGGCCUCGUCCGAGACCCCGCAGCUGCAGCGCGUCCUGGUCAAGGAGCUGAUGCAGAUCCUGGCCGAGAAGCUCGUUGUUCUCGGCGAGAAGAGCAUCGAGGUCGUGCAGGCUCUCCACGUUGCCGUUUUUUGGUACUGGCCGCCCGAACAUUUCGAAGAGCUCAAGUUCUACCAGAUGAUCCACAUGGCCGCUGUGCUAGCCAUCGACAUCGGGCUGGGGUCCCGCAGGCGCGCCGGCGCUCCCCUGAGAGGCCGUCUGAUGCCGUGGAAUAUUCACCAGAACAACCCGUUCCACGGCCCGCCGCGCGGGCCCGGCGGCGGAGGCCUACCGAAUGGUCCGCCGCUACCUCCCGGCCCAGGCUGCCCGCGCAAGGCACCACCUCCAGACCCGUGCAGCAUUGAAUCGCGGCGAACAUGGCUGACGUGCUACUUCUUGGCCUCCAACACCUCCAUGACCUUGCAUCGACCGAAUCUGAUCCGGUGGACGCCCUUUAUGACCGAGUGCCUCGAGGUGCUCCAGUCUUCCCCCGAUGCCGCCCCUACCGACGCUUACUUCUGCCAUCUCGUCUGGACACACCGCCUCUCCGAGGAGGUUGGCAUCCAGUUCAAUAUGGAGGACCCGACGGCUGCCAUCGACUUGGCCGACCCGCGGACCCGCCACGCCAUCAGGGGGUUCGAGCGAGAGAUUGAGCGCUACAGCGCCGCCGUGCCGCCUGCGCUGAUGCGGCCUUCGCUCAAGCUGGGGUUCCACGUGCUCAGCCUCUACAUGCACGAGAUUGCGCUGCGCAACGAGGAUGGUAUUGAGGACAACAUGCGGCCGGGCAUGGGUCCCAGUGCUGGCGGGGCCGCACAAGAUGAUGGGACCAGUCAGGAUCGUGACCUGUCUGGCAGCAUCAAGGGCGACACCAACCCUACUUUGCAAGAUGGUCGCAGUGGCGGCAGCACCGGUGACAGCACCAACAAUAUCAGUGUCGCGCCCUUGACGCCGGCCCAUAUACAGGCUCUCUCGGCCUGCAUCGUGGCCAUCGACGGCAUAUUCGACACGUUCCUGGGCAUGUCACCCGAGGAAGUGCGGUGUCUCCCAGUCUUCAACUUUGUGAGGGUUGCUUACGCGACCGUGGUGCUCAUAAAAAUGCACUUUGCCGCUGCUCGUCCCGGCUCCGAGAUGGGGCGCGUUAUCGAGCGCGAGGACAUCAGGGUCGACCAGCAUCUGGGAAGCCUGCUUGAGAAAUUCCGCCUCGCCGGCGAGGACGACCGGUCCCGGCCCGCGGCAAAGUUCCAUCUGGUGCUGUCCAUGCUGCGCUCCUGGUUCCAGAAGCAGGGACGGGCCACCAACGCACGCUCUGCUGGGAAUUCCGAACAGGACAGCAGGGGCAGCGGCGUGGGCGCGGCGACGGGAGCGCCUGGUGACGAACAGAAUCAUGCUCCUCGAGCACCUCCUGCUCAAAGUGGCCAUAGAGGAGGCCCUCCCCAAACCACUGUCAACAACAUCACCGCCACCACCAUCUAUACUCCACAAAAUCGCCCACUCGACGUCGAACCAGCUAUGCAUCGGCAGCAUCGACAAACGGACCAGCCACAGCCGAGCUUCAUCGCAAACACGCCACUUCAAGUUCUCUCGGAGCUGGCCGCAAACGACGCCAGGGGCGUAGCCGUGCCCGCGACGGCGGACCGUUUUUCAGGCGGCAGCGCGCCACCCUGGGCGACGACCCCAUCAAUGCCGCAGGCUUUCAUGUACGGCCCCGACGCAGCAGAUGCGGCCGCCAGCGGAGGGCGAGGAAGGGGAGAAGGAGAAGGCGCGGCCGGGUUCUCUCAGCAUCAAGUCCGCGGCGAGACACGGCAGACGCAGCUCCAGUCGCAACAGCAGCAACAAUGGAUGGGCUCUGCCAGCAUCGACCCAGGAAACUUUGGAGACGGGGUCGUGCAGGCCAUGGACCUGACCUACGGCGGCGGCCUGACCCUGUUGGGCAGCGGCGACUCCAUGUACAGCUUUGAUAGCGCCUCGGCCGCCAUCGACGGCGGCGGGUUCGGCGACCUCGCCUCCAGCAUGCGGUCCUUCGGCGUCGCCGAGCCGCUCUGGUUCGGCAGCUUUCUGGAGUCGACGGGCAUGGACGCUCAGUUCCACCACCAAUUCUAAUGUUUUUAUCCGGCUUCACCACAUUUUUUCUACCUGGCUAGUAGGGAGGGAACAAAAAAAGUCGCAUUUUCCUUUUGCUAGCUACCUACUUUCGGCUGAUUUCCUCCUCGGCUAGCUCAUGUACACGGUCUUUUGUUUGCUCCCUAUGAUAUCCUUGUCAUGAAUUGUGGUGUUUUCAUUUGAUUUCUGUUGUCGGCAGUUGGAGGAUUCUAUAGAAUGUGUGCAUGAUGGAUGGUAAAUUAAUGUCACAAAAUCGACCCAUUUGCGGUUGAUCUUAUUCUUGUCCCGG